UUUUAAUCAUUCUUUCAGUAGCAUAUAUGCAGUUAUUCUUGUUUCAUAUGAAGGAAGGAAAGGUGCCUCCCGAUCGAUUGGAAGAACAGCUACCUUGUCAAACUCCCAAACAAGGGAGACCUAAGUCUUUCCAAGGAGAAGAAAUGGUGCGGAAUUAUGCUACUGUCCACACCAAGCAAAAUAUUAUUCCGCCUUAUCCUGGAGAGACUAAAUGAUGCGCUGGAUUCAAAACUACGAUCGGAACAGGUUGACUGUCUGGUUUCAGGGAGUACGAAUCAUGUGCGGACCAAAUCGCAACGCUACGCUACGCAUUAUCAUAGAACAGAGUAUAGAAUGGCUGUCAACUCAACUUUAUCGACUUUGAAAAGCCUUCGACAGCAUCGACCGACGAGUCUUUUGGCAACUGCUUCAACGCUAGGGAAUAUCGCAAACCUUUAUCAACCUCAUUCAGCAACUAUGUGAAGACACCACAUAUCAAGUAAUUCACAAUGGGAAGCUC